GGGUGAGCGGGUCACCGACCCUGUGGCCCCGCCCCUCCUCCGCCUCCUUCGCAAGCCGCCCGGGCUGCGGCUCCUCCCGGGGGCCGGUUCCCGCUGUCUCUGUUUCAGUCGCUGCACCGCGGGACCACCGGCGUGACUGACCGACCGGCCGCGGGCGCCGGGAGCCGCCGCGUCUAGCCCGGCCCUCCUGGCGGGAGCCUGGGACCCAGUUCGCCGUCCGCGCCCCUCGCCCUCCGCUCCUCGCUUUUCGCCUGGCCGGCUCCCGGCGGCCGGCUCGCUCCCGGCCCUUCCCGGGCGGCGCCGCAGCCACAGCCCGCGCCCAGGGACAGGGCCGAAAACAGCGAAAUCACAUUUCACGGUUAAAAACUAUUAAGAAGACAAUAUGGGGACUCCUGGUUCUGGAAGGAAAAGGACACCUGUAAAAGACCGAUUUUCUGCAGAAGAUGAAGCUUUGAGUAACAUUGCCAGAGAGGCAGAGGCAAGGCUGGCGGCAAAACGGGCCGCCCGGGCAGAAGCAAGAGAUAUACGCAUGAGAGAACUGGAGCGACAACAAAAAGAGCACUCUCAUUAUUCCUUUGAUCGGAAAUGGGGACAGAUUCAGAAGUGGCUGGAAGAUUCAGAAAGGGCCAGGUAUUCCCACCGGUCCAGUCAUCAUCGACCUUAUCUGGGAGUUGAGGAUACAUUGGCCAUUCGAAGUCUUGGCAGUCACAGGUAUGAUGCUAUCAAGGAUAGAUCGUCAAGACUUUCAUCAUUAAAUCAUUCUUACAGUCACUCUUAUGGAAUGAAGAAGAGGUCUUCUGGUUCUCAUAAAGACCCACUGAGUGGCCUCUACUUUGACCAGAGAAAUUAUAGCAGUCUUAGACAUAGCAAACCCACCUCUGUCUACACUCGGUCUUCUUCCCUGUGUAGUGACCCUCUGGCGACAUCAAAGAGUACCAGGGCCUCCUCUACUGCAAAUUCUGGUCUGCUGAGAAGUACCAGUCUGGUAUCAUUGUAUGAUGGUGGAUUAUAUAAUCCUUAUGGGUCUCGAACUCCAUCUGAAUACAGUUAUUACUCAUCAAGAACAAGUUCGACCCGAAGCAGUCCUGUGUUUCCUGACGAUGACACUGCAAGCAUUGCGUCUUCUGGUCGCUCCAGUCGUGGGCAAAGGGACAGUGUGGUUUCUACUGCCGAUUAUUUUAGUCGCUCCAACCGUAGGGGGAGCAUAGUCUCUGAGGUGGAUGACGUCAGUAUCCCCGAUUUGACCAGUCUGGAUGAAAAAUCUGACAAACAGUAUGCUGAAAAUUACACGAGGCCUUCAUCUCGGAAUUCUGCCUCAGCAACAACCCCUCUGAGUGGAAACUCAUCCAGACGAGGGAGCGGAGACACCAGCAGCUUAGCAGAUCCAGACACCUCAUUAAGUGAAUUGCGGGAUAUCUAUGACCUUAAGGACCAGAUACAGGAUGUAGAAGGGAGAUACAUGCAAGGGCUUAAAGAACUAAAGGAGUCUUUGUCCGAAGUGGAAGAAAAAUACAAGAAAGCCAUGGUUUCCAACGCACAGUUAGACAAUGAGAAGAACAAUUUGAUCUACCAGGUAGACACCCUCAAGGAUGUUAUUGAAGAACAGGAGGAACAGAUGGCAGAAUUUUAUAGAGAAAAUGAAGAAAAAUCAAAGGAGUUAGAAAGGCAGAAACAUAUGUGUAGUGUGCUGCAGCAUAAGAUGGAUGAACUUAAAGAAGGUCUUCGACAGAGAGAUGAGCUCAUUGAGGAGAAUCAACGAAUGCAGCAGAAAAUAGACACCGUGACAAAAGAGGUGUUUGACCUCCAGGAGACACUUCUUUGGAAAGAUAAAAACAUUAGGGCCCUAGAGAAACAGAAAGAAUACAUUGCCUGCCUUAGGAAUGAGCGAGAUAUGCUCAGAGAGGAGCUGGCUGACCUGAAGGAGACAGUGAAGACAGGAGAGAAACAUGGCUUAGUUAUAAUCCCUGAUGGCACUCCCAAUGGUGAUGUCAGUCACGAACCAGUGGUUGGAGCCAUCACCGUGGUGUCUCAGGAGGCUGCUCAGGUCUUGGAGUCUGCCGGGGAAGGUCCACUAGAUGUCAGGCUACGGAAACUUGCUGGAGAAAAGGAAGAGCUACUAUCACAGAUCCAGAGGCUGAAGCUACAGCUGGAGGAAGAGCAGCAGAAGUGCUCCCGGAGCGAGGGCUCGGCGGCUGACAUGGCGGGGCUGCACAACGGUUCCGACCUGCAGUUCAUCGAGAUGCAGAGAGAUGCCAAUAGACAAAUUAGUGAUUAUAAAUUUAAGCUUUCAAAGGCAGAACAGGAUAUAACCACGUUGGAGCAGAAUAUCAGCCGGCUCGAGGGCCAGGUGCUGAGGUACAAGACCGCCGCGGAGAACGCUGAGAAAGUGGAAGACGAACUGAAGGCAGAAAAGAGGAAGCUACAGCGAGAGUUACGAACAGCACUGGACAAGAUUGAAGAGAUGGAGAUGACCAACAGCCACCUGGCCAAGCGGCUGGAGAAGAUGAAGGCCAACAGGACAGCACUUCUGGCCCAGCAGUAGGAGGCCACUGUCCAGUUCGGGUGCUGCUCCUGGGGCCCCUCCCAGAGGGACUGACUUUUUGUCCAUUGACACAGACCCCCUUCAGUACUGUUUGAGUUUUGUCAUUAAAAUAGCCACCUUUGUAUUUUAUAAUUUAUGAGAGAAUGAAAAAGGUUUGAAUCUUCAUGAAU